AAGUUGACGUAGGUUGGAAAGAGACAACCUUGUCCAAAAGACUCGGCGUUAAGAAUAUAUAAAUAAGGAAACCAUGCCAAACGGAAAAAGCCCCCCCAAGAGUAAUAGCAAAUGCAAUACUGCUAAGGCAAGCUAACGAACCAAACACAAAUCCUCUCAUUUACCUUGUCUCUCUCUGCCUCCAAAAUAUUCAAACAAGAAAAGAAAGGAAUUACACUGCACAUAAUAAUACCCCUAUAUCUAUUCUACAAUCUCAGAUUCUCUUCCUUGGUCUCAAAUGCUCACAAUGGCAACAUUCAUCACAAAAAUUGCCAUCAUCUAUGCUUUUCUCGCAAUUUUUCUCUCUGCAGAUAUUGGAGUUUUUCAAGGUGUUGAAUCAUUUGGAAUCAACUAUGGGCAAGUGGCUAACAAUUUACCUCAGCCAGACAAAGUCCUUGAAUUGUUGAGCACCCUUAAACUCACAAAGACAAGAAUCUAUGACACCAACCCUGAGAUUCUGAGUGCUUUUGCCAACUCAAACAUUGAAAUCAUUGUGACAGUGGAGAAUGAAAUACUAAGCCAGUUAGAUGAUCCUCAACAAGCACUUCAAUGGGUGAACAGCCGCAUCAUACCCUACCUACCCGGGACAAAGAUCACAGGUGUUCAGGUUGGGAAUGAGGUCUUCACUGAUGAUGACACGACUCUCAUUCAGCACCUUGUACCAGCAGUGGUGAACAUUCAUAAUGCUCUAGCUCAGUUAGGCUACUCAAACAUCAAGGUUUCAACACCUAGUUCCCUAGCAGUGCUUGAUCAAUCUUACCCUCCUUCAGCUGGUAGUUUCAAAAGUGAGAUCUCAGGGAUCAUGUACCAGUUUUUGAACUUCUUGUCAAGCUCCAAGUCCCCCUUUUGGAUCAAUGCCUACCCCUACUUUGCUUACAAGGAUGACCCUAAUACCAUUCCUUUGCAGUAUGUGCUGUUUAAUCCUAAUGCAGGAAUGGUUGACCCUUACACCAACCUCCACUAUGAUAACAUGCUUUAUGCUAUGGUUGAUGCUGUUUCAUUUGCCAUUGCUAAGAUGGGGUUCAAAGGGAUAGAGGUUAGGGUCUCUGAGACUGGUUGGCCUUCAAAGGGUGAUGCUGAUGAGGUUGGUGCCACACCAAUGAAUGCUGCAACUUACAACAGGAACUUGCUGAGAAGGCAAAUGGCAAAUGAAGGGACACCUCUGAAUCCUAGAAUGAGGCUGGAAGUGUACUUGUUUGCUUUGUUCAAUGAAGACUUGAAGCCUGGACCAACCUCAGAGAGAAACUAUGGUCUCUUUCGGCCAGAUGAAUCCAUGACUUACAAUGUGGGUUUGUCUGCUCUUGCAACCUCGUCAGCAUCAACCUCCUCCUCUUCGAUUUCUCUUGCUUCCUCUGGCGCUAAGAUUAAGGUAGCAGCACCAUGGGAAUGCAAAAGCUUGGUGAACUUGAUGUUUGUAUAUGUGCUGAUUUCAACCCUAUAUGGGUGAAGAAUAUCCCUAUAGUACUGUGGAAUUCAUGUCAAAAUCCCCAUUCAGUACAGUUGGGAUUUUACUUCCUGAAAGGAGAUCCACCACUUAAACAAAGGCAUUCAUUAUGGAAUCUCAAGUUUGAACAUUAAAGGUACCCUAUUUUGCAGAAAAUAGAGACCAACACAAAUUCCACACAAUUGGGCAGUAAAAUCAUAAAAAAUACAGCAUAGGAAGAAAGGAAUUGAAGUGGAAGAAUGGAAGAUUACCCAACGUUUAAUCAAGUGGCUGUGCUUACGUCCACUUACCCCACCAUUAGUCAGUAGUCACAUUCUAGCAACUAGCCAUGUGGCGGUGAUGGGAAACUGAGCUUAUUUUAGGUAGACAAGGGACAAAAGCCAUCUCAUUCUUUCAAUGCAAGAUGUUGCACAAGAAUAAAUUAUAGUUUCAAUUUAAUUGCUUUGAUUAUGUAAAGUUAAUUUUACUUUCCUUUGUUUCCUCGACAAGAUUAUGUUACUAAAAAAUGACAAGUGAAGAAUCUUUUAUUGGCCUUACUUAAGCCAACUUUACAUGUUU